AUGGACCUCCCAUGGCACGACAUACAAGCGGAAACACCAAGUGCCAUUCCCCCAUUCUCGGUGUUUACUAAGUUCAUCGAACAACAAGCAGAAGACAGGAACGACCCCAGCUUUCGUCUUACCACAGAUACUUGGCCCUCGCAAAACAUGGACCGAACAACCACACCACAGCGAAAAGAAAUUUCAGUCCACAAGACUCAAAUUGCAUCAAAAGACAUCAAAGAGAUAUGCCCCAUCCAUAACCUGCCUCACCCUCUUCGUAGUUGCCGGGCAUUUAGAAGUAAACCUUUUCCAGAGAGGCAAGCCUAUCUGAGACAACACAACAUCUGUUUCCGAUGUUGUUCUACCCAUGUCAACAAGGACUGCAGGUUCAAGCCUAAAUGCGCUGAAUGUGGCAGUGAAAGCCACAACACUGCUCUUCACCCUGGACCCGUACCACAAACGACACCCAUCAGAGCCAUGCCAAACCAUGGCGGGGAGAACAACGAUAUUACAGCCCACUGCACACAGGUUUGUGGUGCAUCCCAAGGCCAGAGAAACAAGGCAGUCAGGAUGUAUGCCGUGAUCGACGAACAUAGCAACAAGUCACUUGCUCGUCCGGAGUUCUUCGAGUUGUUCAGUGACCACGGCCCCACAUCUUCUUAUUCACUUAGGACUUGCGCUGGAAUCAUAGAAAUGGUUGGGAGAAGAGCCUAUGGAUACAGAAUUGAAUCCAUAGAUGGACACACCAGCCUGCCCCUUCCAACAUUAAUCGAGUGCGCUGAUGUGCCGGAUAAUCGCGCAGAAAUCCCAACACCAGAAGCAGCCCUUCAUCACAAACAUUUGGCUAGGAUAGCAGCGGAGAUUCCUAACUUGGACCAGGAGGCCCCUAUUUUGCUACUCCUGGGUCGUGACAUUAUCGACGUACAUAAGGUUCACGCCCAGAUCAAUGGUCCUCACAGCGCCCCUUAUGCUCAGAAAUUAGACAUGGGCUGGGUGAUAGUGGGGAAUGUAUGCCCUGGGGGACGCAUAAACCGUCCACUGUUGACACCUUCUUCACCAGCACCCGAGAAGGAAGCCGCCCAACAAACUUUGGGCCUUGUCCCAACACAUUCUGGAGCCAAGGAAAGAUACUGCCAGAAAGGAUUGGGCAGCUCCGUGUUUCAACUGACCAAGGAGGACGACCGACUGGCCUACUCCAUAGAGGACAGAAUCUUCCUUGAUAUCAUGGAAAAAGGCGUGAAGAAGAAUAGUCACUGCAGCUGGGUAGCACCUCUUCCAUUCAAACCAUCCAGACUUCGACUUCCUAAUAACCGACAACAAGCAGUCAGUCGGCUCAACUCACUAACUCGCCAAUUCAGGAAGAAACCGCGUUUGGCACAGGACUUCUUCUCCUUCAUGGAAAAAAUCUUCACUAACGCCCGGGCAGAAGUGGCCCCUCCACUCAAACAGGAAGAAAGAGAUGAAGACCUCGCCAGCGACAUCAAGGAUCUGGACCUCAAUGAAGAGGCUGUACCGAUGCAACGUAGCCUGGGACUUGAUUGGGACCCAGAGAGUGACUGCUUCACCUUCAGAGUUGCAGAUGAAAAGAAGCCUUAUACACGCAGAGGCGUCUUGUCAACAAUCAACAGCCUCUAUGACCCUCUUGGGUUCGUGGCUCCAGUUACCAUCCAAGGCAAGUCCAUUUUACGGGAACUCACAUCCGAUAAGGUUGAUUGGGAUACCUCCUUUACCCCCUCAGAAGGAACAACUUUGGACUGCAUGGCGCGAUUCCUUCGAGAACUCCACAACCUCCAGAUACCAAGGACUUACACCACUAAGUCGCCCACUGCAGCAUCCUCCAGGCAGUUGUGUGUCUUCUCGGACGCGUCGACUAAGGCAAUUGCUGCUGUAGCCUACCUCAGACUCACCUAUCUUGAUGGUACUUGUGAGGUGGGUUUCAUCAUGGGGAAAACGAAAUUGGCACCACAACCUGAGACCUCUGUGCCCAGACUGGAACUCUGUGCUGCCGUCCUGGCAGUUGAAUUGGCAGAUAUGAUUCUCUUGGAGCUUGAUAUGCAACCUGAACAGUGGCAUUACGUACCCACGGAUAAAAACCCAGCUGACUGUGGAACCAGAUCAAUUCCUGCCAUCCAAAUGUCUACUACAGCCUGGCUCAACGGUCCCUCUUUCCUCUCUAACCCCUUGAAGUUCUCCACGGGCAAUACACGAGCUAUUGCUCGUUUGAUCCACAUUUCUCAGUCAUUUAAGAAAGAGACUAGACCGAAGGACUGCAAGGGCUGGCAUUACUGUCGAGCACCAUUUCCAGUAGAAACACUGGUGCAAUCUAACAACGUGAUCCUCCGGUCGGCGCAAAACGACACAUACGCUUUGGAACUCUCUUGCUUAUUACAGCAUAAGGAACUUCCCAAGAGCAGUGCUCUCAGGAAAUUAGAUCCCUUCGUAGACGACCAAGGUCUCCUCAGAAUCGGAGGUCGCACACGAAGAGCAGGACUAGACCGUAGCGAGAUGCACCCUGUUAUCUUAUCUGGCAAGCACCAUAUAACGUCCCUGCUCGUUAGGCACCACCACAAGCAGGUACAUCACCAGGGACGUCACUUCACAGAGGGCGCAGUUCGUGCUGCUGGCUUCUGGAUUGUUGGUGGAAAGAGAAGUAUCAGCAAAACCAUCCACUAUUGCGUAAUUUGCAGAAAGCUCCGUGGUCCUAUGCAGAUCCAAAAGAUGGCAGACCUACCAGAAGACCGCCUAUCCAUGGAACCUCCCUUCACAAAUGUGGGGCUUGAUGUUUUUGGGCCUUGGCCCAUUACUUCACGUCGAACUAGAGGGGGCUUGGCCCACAGCAAGCGGUGGGCCACAAUAUUCACAUGCAUGACCACAAGAGCGAUUCACAUCGAGGUCUUGGAGUCACUCGACACAUCAAGCCUGAUAAAUGCUCUCAGGCGCUUCUUUUCUAUCCGGGGUCCAGCAAGACUUAUCCGUUCGGACCAAGGCUCCAAUUUUGUCGGAGCAAGAAAUGAACUCGGAAUCAAUUCCACCCUAGAUACAAGUGCCGUGUGUAAACACCUCUCUGAAUACGGUUGUACCUGGUUAUUCAACCCUCCGCAUGCACCACACAUGGGUGGAGCGUGGGAAAGAAUGAUAGGUAUUGCCAAGAGGAUUCUCAACUCCAUGUUAAUGCAACAUGGAAGCACCAAACUAACCCAUGAAGUGCUCACCACCUUCCUGGCUGAGGUGACUGCCAUUGUUAAUAGCAGACCACUUGUCCCAGUAUCCACAGACCCAGAAGACCCAAGACUGUGCUUCUCCCUCCUCCGUCUGAACCUAUCUGUUAAAAUGGACCUUCUUCCCCCUCUUCGAUCCCCUCCGUAUACCACCUUCCUUGUCUCUUUGCUCUCCCCCCUCCAUGCUUUAAUUUUUUUCACAGGACUGUUACUACUCCUUUUCCUUAUCUUUUUUUCUCCUUCCUUUCCUGUCAAACCCAGAUGCAUGCCCUUCAACAAACACAAAUUAUUUUUAUAUAUAAUAUUCUUUCUUUCUUUCUUUCUUUCUUUCUUUCUUUCUUUCUUUCUUUCUUUCUAUCUAUCUAUCGCUACGGAGGUUCAUUUCUCUUCGUCCUCACUCUAUUUUUUCAGUCACCCUAAGUACUCAGCUGUCAGUGUACCCUAG